CCUGACUGAAAUAGUGAACUAGUCAAUAAAAUGUGCAGAAAUAUUGUUUACUUAAUGAUUUCGAGCGUGAUAAUCAUUCAUUUGCUUUUGAGUCGUGUUGUGUUGUGUGAUUAUGAAACUAUUUGGAAUGUUUACUUUGAACGACCAUGUUGUGGAAAAGAUUUCAUAAAACAUCAUAAGGAUCAUGUUCGCGAAUUUACAUGUGGAAAGCUCUUUUAUCGCACGUUCCUCUUGCAAGAAAAUAAUGACGCUCUCUAUGUCGGCUCGAUGGAUCGCAUAUCAAAACUUCGUUUGGAUGACAUCAGCCAAACGAGUUGUGAGAAGGAUCACAUCUUAUUGGAACCCACAUCCAGUGAUGUUCUCAACUGUGAGUCAAAGGGCAAAAGUCGACAUUUCGACUGCCGAAAUCACAUCAGAGUCGUGCAGCCAAUGGAUGAGAAUCGUUUGUACAUUUGUGGCACUAAUGCACACAAUCCCAAGGAUCAUAUCAUAUUUACGAAUUUAACUCAUUUACCAAGAUCUGAGCUUUUGCCCGGCAUCGGAAUGGGAAUCGGAAAAUGUCCAUAUGAUCCGGUUGACAACUCGACAGCAAUUUACGUUGUGAAAGGAAAUCCUGGCAAUUUUGCGGCUCUGUAUUCGGGAACUAAUGCCGAGUUCACAAAAGCAGACUCGGUCAUUUUUCGUGCAGAUAUUCACAACAUGUCAACGGGACGAAAGGAAUAUAAUUUCAAACGGACCCUGAAAUACGACUCGAAAUGGCUUGACACUGUUGAGUACAUCAACUGUGGUAAAGCGGUUUAUUCACGUGUUGCGCGUGUCUGUAAGAAGGACACCGGCGGCAAAAAUAUUCUCAGUCAAAAUUGGGUCACGUAUUUGAAAGCUCGCUUGAAUUGCAGCAUUUCUGGCGAGUUUCCAUUCUACUUCAAUGAGAUUCAAUCAGUUUACCAAAUUCCAACUGACAAAACCAAAUUCUAUGCAACCUUCACUACAAGCACAAAUGGACUCGUGGGAUCGGCUGUUUGCAGCUUUGACAUUGGCGAAAUUCAAACAACUUUUAAAGGGAAAUUUAAGGAACAAGCAAGCUCCAACUCAGCAUGGUUACCAGUGUUAAAUUCGAAAGUACCAGAGCCACGUCCAGGCACUUGCGUUGAGGAAACUGCUAGUUUACCAGACACUGUUGUCAAUUUCAUUCGCUCACAUCCGCUUAUGGAUAAACCCGUCAAUCAUGAACAUAAUAAUCCAGUUUUCUAUAAGCGUGAUUUAGUUUUCACAAAACUGGCUGUUGACAAAAUCCGCAAUCAACUCACCAAUCAGGAGUUUAAAGUUCAUUAUGUGGGAACAAACAAUGGACGUAUCUAUAAAAUUGUUCAAUUCAUUCAAAAUGGGCAAUCAAAAUCAAAGCUUUUGGAUAUUUUUGAAAUAGCACAGAAUGAGGCAAUUCAAGUUAUAGAAAUCAGCCAAAAGCAUAAAUCUCUUUACGUGUCCACAGAUAAUCGUAUCAAACAAAUAGAUUUAGAAAUGUGUAGUCACCGGUAUGAUAGUUGCUUCAGGUGUGUCAAAGAUCCAUAUUGUGGUUGGGAUCAUGAUUCUGGCACAUGUAAACCUUACAAGUUGGGAUUAUUACAGGACGUUUCAAAUGAAACAAACGAUAUUUGUGACUCAAGUGUGCCCAAGAACAAAAUCAUUGUAACAUAUGGUCAAAGUAUUCACCUUGGUUGUUUUGAAACUGUACCAGAAAUUCUGAGGGAUCAACAAGUGUCCUGGUAUCAUCAUUCGAAAGAUAAUGGACGAUAUAAUGUCCACAAACACAUCGAAACGACUGAAAGGGGAUUAGUGAUUGUAGCAGCACAUGAACAUGAUGCCGGACGAUAUGAUUGUCAUUUGGGGGGCUCAUUGCUGUGCAGUUAUGUCAUAACAGUUGAUGCUCAUAGGUGCACUGCCCCAAACAAAGGCAACGAUUAUCAGAAAAUUUACGCUGACUGGUGUCACGAAUUUGAGAAAUACAAAUCGGCUAUGAAACUGUGGGAGAAGCGUCAGACGCAAUGUUCAACCCCACAACAAAAUUCCAGCAGCAAUGAAAUCCCAAAGGACUGAAAGCUGAGAGAUGAAAAUGAAAGCGAAGGCGUUAUGCAAUAAAAUAUAAUGUGAUGAUUUGGAAAUAAGCAAAAGUUCAAAAUAAUUGACAUCGUUGUUCGUGUACUGAAACGCGUUCAAAAAAAUGGAAGAAAAAAGAAAAAACAUGAAAGCUUUUUUUAUUGAAUCAUCGAAACCCAAAGCAUCGGGCUUAAAAUGUAAAUGGAAUAAAAUUUUAUAAUUAAUAUUAGCACGAUUAGAUUUAAUGAAGGGAAAAGGGUUUACUUAGAAUUGUUGGCGCUAUUCAAAUGUUGUGUAUCCAAACAAUUCAUACAUUUCAACAAGCUCUAACCAUCCAAUUCACGAUUAACGUCCAUAACGAUUAUAAAGACAAUUUCAAAGUUAAAACCGUCACAUUUUGAUGAGGUUUUGAGUGAGCUACAUAAAAUUUGAAUGGCGUUUCUUCUUGUAAAUAUCUGAAUUUAUUCAACUUUAAUGACUUAGAAAGCUUUCUCUUCUUCUUCUUUCAAUGACUCAGAAGCAUCAUUUGGGAUUUGUUCUUUCUUUUUAUCUUUAUUUU